UGCACCGUGCAGGUUAGAACUCGGCCCGGUAAAACCCGUGGCGUGGAGAGAGAGAGAGAGAGAGAGAGAGAGAGAGAGAGAGAGAGGGACACAAAUUAGCUGUAUGCAGUAAUGUCAGUUUUAGUAUAAAAGUUUGUUGUUAAUUGUAUAGUAACAAGUGCCUUGCAGUACUUGAGUAAAUCAGUGUCGAUGUGUCGAAAUCCUGUUGCGUUCUUCAAACAAUUGUGAGAAAAUAAGAAAUGUCGGACGGCGAGCAAGAGGACGAGAAACCGUUCGCGGUCGAGCGCGCCAAGACCGGAAGAGCCAAGUGUAAGAAAUGCAAAUGUCCGAUCGAGAAAGACCAGGUGCGGAUAGCUAAACUGAUGGCAAAUCCUUUCGGUGAAGGGAAGAUGAAGGCCUGGCACCACGUGAGCUGCCUCUUCGAAGUCUUUUCCAGGCAACGCGCAACGACCAAACGAAUUGAAAAUCCGGAGGAGGAUAUCAGCGGGUGGGACUCGCUGUGCGACGAGGACAAAGAUGUCGUAUUGGAAAAACUUGGCGAAUUCGAGGAUGCUGAGCCGUUUAAGGCAGCUAAGGCCAAGGCCAAAUCUCCCAAAGCCACUGCAGGAGCAGGAACCUCGAAAACAAACGCGGCGAGUAAUAGCGCAACGCCAGCGAGCAAAGUUGCGAAUUUGGCCGAAAAGAAGAAACGGUCGGGUGUGAAAACUCCUGCGAAAAACAAACCAUCCAAGUAUGACAUGUUUUCGGAGUUUCAGCGAAUAUGCAACGAGCUUGCGGACCACCCCUCUUAUUUGGAAAAGACCGCCAUUCUCAAGAAAAUGUUUACGAAAGGAUCGGAAAAAGCAAUUUAAGUUUACUGCAACCUACAGCUAGCUUUACUUCUGUACUUUACUCUCUACCUCUCAGCUUCCGAUUCGGCGUGUAUUCCAACUGCCAUUUUCACGAAUUCAAGAGCGACAUAAUUUUAUGGUGCAGAUUACUGCUGCCGGGCGCAGUCAAGAGAAUUUACAAUCUCCAAAGCAAGGCGUUAAUUAAAUUAUUCGCGCGACUACUUUGCCAAGAUGAGGACGCGAUGCUUGAGGAUCUCGAACAGGGCGAUGUGGCGCAGACGAUCAAAACUUUCUAUGAGAAAAGCAUCACUGUACGGCCCAGCGCGACGAGUGAACUUACGUUACAGGAGGUUGACGAAUUCUUGGAGCAACUGUCGAAGUUGACGAAAGAAGACGAGCAAAUGGAUCAUUUUAAAUCUAUUCUCAAAAGAUGCACUGCCGACGAUCUGAAAAUGAUAAUCCGUUUAAUCAAGCACGACCUGAGGAUAAACGCCGGUCCAAAACACAUACUAGGAGCAGUUCACGAUGACGCUUACAUGGCAUUCCAAGUAUCGAGGGAUCUUCCAGCCAUCAUACGCCGUUGCCUUGGCAUUUCUCCGACGGCGUCGACGUCGUCCGCGGCAACAAGUCCACUUGCGAAAUCUCCGAAAGCUGGCAAAGUAGCGACUCUUUCGCUGAUGACACCCGUCUUGCCGAUGCUCGCGGAAGCUUGCAAGUCCGUGGAAAUGGCUAUGCAAAAAUGCCCCAAUGGUAUGCUGUCGGAGGUCAAGUACGAUGGUGAACGAUUACAGGUGCACAAAAUGGGAAGCGAUUUUCGUUACUACAGUCGUUCCUUGAAGCCAGUAUUACCUCAUAAAGUUAAUUUCUUGAAAGAGUAUAUACCGAAAGCAUUUCCACAAGGUGAUGAUUUGAUACUAGACGCAGAGAUUCUUUUAAUUGACACCCGCAAUGGACAGCCACUUCCCUUUGGAUCACUAGGUGUACAUAAGAAAGCUGAAUUUAAGGAUGCUAAUGUCUGUCUCUUCGUCUUCGAUAUUAUUUAUUAUAAUGGUGAACCAUUGAUGGAUAGAACGAUGCAACAGAGGAGAAAACUUUUGGAAGAAAAAAUGACCCCCAUACCCAAUAGAAUAAUGUUAUCUGAAAUUCAAGUUAUAAAAGAUCCAAAAAAAUUGGCAGCGAUGAUAGCAAAAGUAUUCAAAUUACGGUUAGAGGGAUUGGUACUAAAAGACGUUGAUAGUAAAUAUGAACCAGGAAAGAGGCAUUGGUUGAAGAUAAAGAAGGACUACUUGCUCCAGGGCGCUAUGGCCGAUAACGCAGAUCUCGUCGUUCUCGGCGCUUGGUAUGGUACAGGGCAAAAAGGAGGAAUGAUGUCUGUAUUUUUAAUGGGAUGUUACGAUCCUGAUUCUGAUAUAUGGGUUACUGUUACGAAGGUGCAUACGGGCCACGAUGACGCAACUUUAGCUAAACUUCAGACUUCAUUAGAUAUGAUAAAAAUUGGAAAAGAUCCAGGUCUCAUACCAAGAUGGUUGAGAGCAAAUAAGCCAAUGAUACCAGACUUUGUAGCCAAAGAUCCUAAGAAACAACCUGUAUGGGAAAUAACGGGAGCAGAGUUCACGAAUCAAGGUGUGCACACAGCCGACGGUAUAAGCAUACGAUUUCCGCGCGUGACACGUAUUCGCGACGACAAAGACUGGGAGACUGCGACGAAUUUACACGAGCUUCGUGCAUUAUUUAAUAGAAGUGCAGAAUCCGUGGACUAUUCGAGUCUUCUUGGUGUCGACGCAAGCCAAGAUUUGAAAGACAACGGCGAGGACGAUAAUUCUUCGAAAAGGAAACCAAAAAAGCCACACGAUUCCGACGACGAAGAGCCGUCGUCGUUGAAGGGAAAUAUAAAGGUCGAAGACGCUGAAUGUAUUUUAGACGAAACGGAUGUUAAAGUAAAGAUGGAAACCGUUGAGUUGGAGGAGCAGAAAACAUUGAAAAAGAGAAAAAGCGAGGCGAAGCGUUCACCAAAAAAAUUACCAGGAAAGUUAAUAACAAACUUUUUCGCGCAAAAUUCAGUAAUAAAACAAGAAAAAAAGGAAAAAAUCAUUUCGCAGUCUACUGAGGACCUGGAGGAGGAAAACAGGGCAGAGUUUUAUUCCUUCGUCGGCACUGACUAUAUCGAGUACAGCGCAGCAGGAAGUCCUCUGAAUUGGAUAGAAGGCCGAAAACCACCGAAGUACUUACCUAAAGACGCAAAACCCAUCAGCGAGCCCGAUGAACAUAAAAAGAGAUCUCGCUGUCUACUAACAGAUGUUCGCAUCUUCUUGGCCAAGGACUUGAAUCGAGAUAGGCGAAAAGUUGUUCGCCGGGCUUUAAAAACACUCGGCGCAGAGAUCCUCUCAAAAACGGAGCAGUCCCAGGCGACCCACGUGAUUCAUGGAAGCUCACGUGUUCUUGCGACGAUUCUUCUGGAGACCACGGAUGUACCCAAGUCAGCGAGACACGUCACGGAGUCCUGGGUAAAGGGCACCGCUACGCGCUGCAAAGUGCAAAGUACUGCGGAUCAUGCGGUCACUUUGAUGGGAGCUUAUUGUUCUUGUCCUUGUCCUCAUCGAGGAUAAUGCAGUGCGCAAGCUUUUAAUUUUUUACGAAGCCAAUCGAUACUUCCAUAUCAGAAGACAUCAUCUGUACACUGAUAAUAUGAAAAUCGAUUUUUACAAGGAAAAUUUACGUAAUGUAAUCUAUACCGCGAUGAACGACCGCAGCAGUUAUAGAAAGAAAUUGUAUAUUUUUCAAUCGAUGUAGCGAGAGCGCGCGAAUGAAUAAAUAAAGUAAUUCAAUCGGAGAGGCGGAAUGAAAUUGAAUGGAUUUGUUACACAUUUAAAAGCUACGGAAGGCCGGCUGAAUAGAUUUCCUCACCGCAAGCCGAGGCUGGCUAAGCGAUAAUCGAAAGUACGACGUGGAACUGAUGCAUCACACCGAGAAACCUCACUGCUUCGGAAAACUUUCCAUUUUGCGAAAUUGAGUCUUGCAGCAUCGAGAAGGAAUUUACGUAGCUGGCUCUUCAAGGUUGCAACGCAUUCGUCUGGCUUCUACACACUUUACCCAUGGUGUAUCUUAUUUUUACUCGAUAUAUUUUUUUCUACAUCCUUUCUGUCGCGCUGUAUUUUUUACAUUGACAAUUGAAAAGAGCGCAAGGACGUAGAACUUGAAUGAAAAAAUCUUGAAUAAAUUUAAUUUCAAUUACCUCAAACUUGAUGGAAA